AUGAAGCACUGGUCGCUAUUCGCUUUCGCCCAUCUCCUUAACGGAGAGAUGGCUCUAGGCAGCAAGCCUGCCAACUGCGCCACAACCACUGUGCUUUCGGUUAUAACGACAUCCAUAUGCUCUGCAGGCUCACCCGCUCUGCCAACGGCAGUAAUGACUGGUAGUAACGGUUGUGUUCCUGAUCAAUACAGCCAGGAAGCGUCGGCCCCCUCGGCUGUCAUCCCUGGCUCUGCCCCCCGCAUCUCCAUGUCCCAUGGAUCCGCCGAGAGUCCCUCGGAUGGAACCGAUGAAAAGGCCCUUCAGAAAGGAGUUAGUCUCCAUACCGGCGAGGCUAGCGACGCUACUCAGACCAUCAAACCCACGGCUGCCCCAGACGUCGGCGCAGGAGCCAGUGCCAACAACGGCAGCUCCGAGCCAAACCCCAUCGCGUCGGGUCAAGCUAGUCCUGUCACUGGACAGCACAGCACAGCCACAGACACAACCUGGGAGACCCCCGAAGUACCUUGGGUUGUUUCUGGGGCCUCAAGUUCUGAAAGCAACUUCGGGACUAACGCCAUAAUCGUGGCUGGAAUCGUGGCAUAUUUCGCGCCGAUACUGAUCUAUCUUUAA